UUAGCUGUGAUUUGGUCACAGCUAAUCACAUGACAUGUGCAUGUGAUUAGCUGUGACCAUUCACAGCUAGGCAGUAGUAUACAAUGGAUGGCAUGAAUGAAGCCAUCCAUUGUAUACAACUGUCAUGUGACCUGCUGUUCUGAUCAUGUGAUCACUGAUUGGCCAAUCAGUGAUCACAUGAAUAGUAGUAAGCAAGAUGUCACUUCUGACAUCAUUGCUUACUACUAGUGAAAUCUGUGAAUGAUCACAAAGGUCACAUGGUGGUGACCAAUCACAGCUCACA